AGUCCAAAUGUCUUUUGAAUUUCACAAUAAGUUUAUUCGGCGUGUCACUUCGGCAGUAUAGAGAUCCACAUUCACAGCUUGCUCAAGUGUUUCCCAGCCUUUUUCAACGGACGUCUAGUAACGUCUGGUAACCAGAUCAGAAUGUUUAUGUUGGAUAUGAGUUCUUCCUGAUGUACUACUUUGUGGCUCCCUUCUAGUAUCUCGAAAAUUGAAAUGCUGUCAGACCACUAUUCACUACCCAACUGACUACCGGCGCAGAAAACUAUUCCAUUGGCAUUUGUGACCAGCGAUAUGGCUGAAUUCGGAACGACGGUGCUCCGUCCCGACGUCAGUGCCCUGGAUACGUUGACCCGUCACUUGCCUGUGUGGAACGUGCUGCCUCCAGUGGCGCUGCAACUCCGGUGUGUUUCGUCUCGAGGCGACGUCAUCGUGUUUGGUACCCAUCUGGACGUGGUGUUGGUGUUUUAUCGUGACAACGGUGAGCUACAGAAAGUGUCUUUGGAGGAUGGAUUCAAGCUAUUUGCAUCCAAACACCAAGAAGGCAUCUCCACCACAUGUUUCUCCCCGGUUCUGCCAUCCGGUCAAUCAAGAGUGGCUAUUGGCCGGAGCUGUGGAAAGGUGCACGUGAUACAAUUCUCCAACAAAGAUGCCGAGCGUAAGAGCACACAGCUUGGCAGCAUCCAUAAAGAGGAGGUCACAUCUCUGGACUGGGAUACACGUGGUAUGAUGCUGUUCUCGGCCGAUACUUCUGGCCGUGUGUUUGCCUCACAUCUGGACAUGAAAGGUGGUGAGCACAAUUCCUGGCAGGUCUAUGAUGCCAGGCAGAGUGUUGUGCAGAUCUCCUACUCCAACAUGCAACUGCUUGUGGUCACAGCUGACUCCUGCACCCUCUGCCACAUCCACCAGAAUGUCUUCAAGAAGAAGCCAGCGAAAAUCAACCAGGGCAGACCACAACCGCUGGCCUGCCGCGGCGGUAUCAUGCUUAAAGAUGGCGACAGGACGGCCUGCUUCCUGUCUUGUCAGACGCUUAACUUCCUGGAGGCAUCAGCGGAGGGAGAGGUGACACGCAUCACUCCACUGUUUCAUCAAGUGGAAUGUGGCACUUUUGAUAAGGUGACCUUGCCAGCCGGCCACAUGCCCGAGAGUCCGCUCGCUGCCCGGGCGUUCGAGGAGGGUCUCGAAUUUGGCCGCGUUCUGACCACUGGCCCGUACCUGGUAACGUGGUGCAGCAGUCAUGUCUGGUUGAUACAGCCCUCACCGGCGAUCACGGUUAUCGCCUCUUGUACUGCCGAGUCGCCGUCUGAAUUUGUUGAUGUGUGCGUUGACGGAACAGCAAUCUUUGUGCUGCGCAAACAGUGUGGCAAGGCCUGCCCGGUGUUGCGUCUUGCAGUUGGCCAAAGUGCUGGCUCCAGCUCGCCGUCCCGCAGCCGAUCAUCCUCCAAGCAUAUCUCAGAUGUGGCGGACGUGCAUGUCGCGACAUCGGAAAAGGUACCUGAUCUGUCCACACCCACUACUACUCAUGGUCCAGAGCCCAAAGACUCUCCUGGUACACCUACCUCCUAUACCGCCGGAGCUGCUGCUACUGCUGCUACUGUUACUGUUGCUGACGUGUCGGCUGAGCGCAAUGCUGAGACAACGGGCCACAUGCUCCAAAACUCCAUGACGGAUUUCACUGAUCGCUUCAAGAACUUGGUGAGCAAGGGCCUGGGGAGCACCGCCGUGUCGCCUGGUGUGCCCGUGGAGAGUGAGCAAAUGGAUGAGCGGCUCGCUGCUGUUAUCCGAAGUGAUCGCGACGCAGCGAUGGCGUCUGGACAGCAUGUUCCUCCUGCCAAUGUCGCUGCUGCCGCGGAUAGUCUUGCUGCCCAGGAGCCCGCAGCUCAAUCAGAUCAGCAGCAACAGGCACAGGUUGGCUGGCUGGACAAGCUGCGCAAUCGUGGACACGUGCCACCUUCACUUGAACACUCUGGAAGCGGCAAGACACCGUCACCGUCCCCGGCGAUGCCAGCACCGGAAUCCCGAGAGUUUAUCAAGCAGUGGAUGAGUGAUCAGCCUCCCAGCCUGGCCAAUGAUGAUGAAGACAGCUUGGUGGUGGCAGCUCCUGUUCAGAAAAAGAAAAAGAAGAAGAAGAAGGUGGUCAAACGGGAUGCUGGCACUGCCCAAUCAUUGGGCGAUGUGUCUCCUUCAAUGGCUGCAAUGGCUGUUGGCGGCCGAGAUCGCAGUGAUAGUGCAGUGAGUGCGGACGGUGGUGGUGGCAGUGACUGCUGCACUGCUGGAGCAUUUCACACUGGUGAUAUUGUAGCGAGUGCUAAUGCCAUGCUUGUCGCCACUCAGGAGGCCCUGCAGCGUUCAACUUCAGUUCCGUCGUCUGCUCAGCCGGCUCUCUCGACUGAUGCUGCUGCAGGUGCACCUGUUGACGUCACCGCUGGACUCCCGUCCACUGUUGGAUCGACUGGCGGUAAUGAUGAUGUCCCAGCAGCACUGGGCCAUGCCGCCACCGCUAAUAGCAACAAUUCUACUGGUAUUCCUGCACCUGUGCGUUCCUCUACACCCGUUUCACCUGCGCCAGGGGCGCGUGUGCAGAGUGUAGGUGAGACUACGGAGGCUGUCAGCACUUUGGACCAGCGGCCAACUGGACCAGCGACUCUUGAUCUGGGUGUUGCGGAAAUAUCGUCGUUGCCUACUACUACGCCUUCUCCAUUGCAAGUCUCGCCUGUGAAGGUUCCUAGUGCACGUACUAGCACAGGAGCUGGGACACCUACUGCCGCCGCACUCGUGUACGACGUGUCAUCGGCCGAUGAUCUAGCAUCUUCGGCAGAUCAUGACCUCAAUGCCAGUGCCAUGUCCGUUGGAGGAGCUGACGCUGCUGCCGCCACAUCACAAGAUGAACUAGAUGGGGGAGAUCUGGUUCACCAGAGCUAUGAUGCAAGCUUACCAGCUCACCUACUGGGCCAGACACAUGCCUCAGAUGAUGCUGGAGAAGAAGCGACGACGGGAGCAGCAGCAGCAGCGCCUUCUCAAAGCCAGUUAGCCGCCCCUACCCGCCGCUACGACCCAGGAUUUGGCCGGGACAGUGCCUCCAAACUCUCGUGUCCGUCUCGGCGUCACUUGACCUGCUUGGCCAUGUCAAGGAAACACAUCUGGAUAUCGGACAGUGGUGACUACAUCUACAAUUGGUCGAAUGACACACUGGCGUGGACUUAUGUGAAAGGUGCGUAUGCCGCGAAGCUGGCCGCAUCUCAAUCAUCCGAUGUCGUCUGGGCUCUCUCUCGCCAGGGUAUAGUCGCAGCCAGGGCUGGCAUGUCCAGCGCAGCACCUCUGGGUACCAGCUGGCUCAAACUGGGAAAGCUACGCAUGAAGUGCAUCGCAAUCGAUGCCGACACUGCAUGGCUGGUGACACGUGACGGACAGCUACUACGAAGGCGCAAUCUGGUGGCUGAAAACCCGCUGGGGGAGAAAUGGCACGAGGAGGGCACCUCAUCGCUCACCAACUCCAUUGUACAGCUGGCUGCUGGUAAUGGUGUCUUGUGGGCGCUCACAACGCACGCUGCUCUCUUGGUGCGCGCAGGCAUCAGCGAUGCAAAUCCGCUUGGCACAUGCUGGGAAGAGGUCGACAACAAACUGCGUGCCAGUUGCAUCGCCAUCGGUCAGAAUGGCUACUGCUGGUGUGUCAGCAGUGACGGUAUAGCAUGCUUCAUGCCCGACGUGACACUUGACAGCCCUAGCGUGACUGACAAGCAAUGGUGGCAGGUAUCUCUGGGCCUGCAGCUGAUGAGGGACACGUCGCUUCUUUCCAGCAUCAAGGACGCGUCCGCUCGCGUCACCUCCCUGUGGAGCAGCAAGCAUUCGGAUCCUGAUCAGUCGGUGAAGCUGGUAUCCUGUAGUAACCUUGGCGUUGGCGUGAUCACAUCAUCAUCUGUUCUGCUCUACUCCAGCAGUGACAUGCUUGGCAUGGUAUAUUUACCACCCAGCAUUGCCUCGCUCGCCGAAACAACUAUCUGGCUUCUUGUUGAUGCGUCCACGGCGUUCAAGAGUAAAGGUCUGGUGUGGUUACUGAGUCCAACUGGUGAGAUCUUCUCGUUGCCGCGCGAUGGCAGGCCACACCCCGUGCCCAUUCCCGAUGGCUGCAGUGUGCAGCGCCUGUCAGCGUCGCACCACGGCGUGUUUGGCCUGACCAGCGAUGGAACGCUGUACAUGCGCACUGGCGUCACCGACUACUGCCUGGCCGGCUUGAGCUGGGAGGUGGUGCAGCCACCUUCUGCUGCUGCCGCAACUGUGGCCAUGUCCUGUGGAAACACUGUCACUUGGCUGGUGGAUGCCAAGGGCCAGGCCUGGGUGCAGAGCUGCACACCCACUGGCACUUUCCAUGAAGACUGGGCGUGCAUUGGUCCUCCGCCGCAUUCCAAACUUGUCCAGGUGGUGGUUGGCCCAGGUGAUUGGCAUGUGUGGGCGUGCGACAGCAGUGGCAACGUGUACGCGCGCACUGGCAUCUCUAUCAGCGCGCCGGCCGGCAAGAGCUGGGAAGCGGCGCCCAACGUGGACGCCACCGACAUCUCCAUCUCGGCCAAUGCCGUGUGGGCGCGCUGUGCCAACGGCGACAUUGUGCUGCGCGUGAACGUCUCGCCGAGCAACCCGGUGGGCGACUACUGGCGACGUAUACCAGGCAACUUUGCCACCGUCUCGGCCACACCGGAUGAUGACGAGCUGUGGCUGCUGGACGACGAUGGUCGUCUGUUCGUGCGCAACACACGUGUCUACACGGCUGUUGUACAGCCGGAGGAGAACGAGCAGCUCGUCGAGUCAUGGGAGCUGGUACCAAAGUCGUAACAACACGAGUGUUUCCUGAUGUUUUGUAUUACCACAGACAUGACAUUAAUGACGCAAUUUUCCACUCUACAACAGUUACUAUUGUGUGGUUUCGAACACGUUUUUGAUACCUCUCACAACACACAACAUGGGCCACACUAGUAUGUCAAGGCACAUUGGUUUUUUAACAUCUAUCUAGAGAAGAAUCGAAGAAAACCUAGCAGUUCUGUAUUGUCUAGUUUCAUUUUUUAACUAAGAGCACUAUGACCGUACUGUAUGUACAACAGGCCUCAUCCGGUAGCAGUGGCAUUAACAGCACUAGUGCAGAAUCACAGCAUUUCCUUCAAAGAUACUCGUAUAUAAUUGAAAAUCUAUUUCUAUGAAUGAACAUCGCAGACCAAAGAA